AUGGCGAGACCGAGCGGACCAUUCCAUUUGGGCGAUGUGCCUGACGGUGCGGUGCAUCAUCCCUCCGGAGCACCGUCACCAGAGGAACCAGCAGCGCGGACAGAAGAUCAUGAAGAACUGGUGGGACCACGAAGAGGACGCUGUAAAUGGUUUAACGUCGUAAAAGGCUGGGGCUUCAUAACGCCCGAUGACGGAGGGCAGGAAGUGUUUGUGCAUCAGAGCGUAAUACAGAUGGGAGGCUUUCGUUCGCUUGGCGAAAACGAAGAGGUUGAGUUUGAGUCUAAGCUAACGGGGAAAGGAUACGAAGCGAUCAGCGUAUACGGCCCAUCGCACGCCGAAUGCAAGGGAAGCGACUUCCGGCCGUACAGCAAAAAGCGAAGAUUCCGCAAAGUGAGAUGCUACAAUUGUGGCGAGUUUGCCAACCAUAUAGCAUCGAAAUGUGCGCUCGGACCACUGCCAAAGCGUUGCCAUAACUGUAGAAGCGAGGACCAUCUAAUAGCGGACUGCCCAACGAAACCUCCAGCAAAAUGAAUCUUCCUAGG